AUGCUCUCACGUGUUGCUGCUGUUAAGGCGCCCCGCACACACAACCGUCGCCGCAUGACCGGAUCCAGCGGGAGGAGGAGGGAAGGAGGAGAAAGUGAGCCGCAGAGACCCAACAUGUCUCGGCACGUGUUUAGUUUUGCGGUGCUGCACCUCUUCGUCGUGUUGGUGAUGUGCUGCCGUGGAGCUGCAUCCAGUGAGAUGGAAACGGCAGUUGUUGAGCCAACUUCUCCCAUGCCUUCACCGAAAGUUCUCAUUGAUGCUGGGGGGAGUGUUUCAGAGAGGGAGCAACCGCUGCAACGGGUCGAUCUAUUUGUGCCGAAUCAGACGCUGGUGCUGCCGAAAGGUGGAACUUCUCCAGAAACGACAAGGGAUUCAUUUGUUUCCCCAUCUCUCGUCAGUGCUGGCGGAGUAAUUGCUGCUUUUGCCGCAGGUCACAUGGAUUUUAAAAGGCCGACGGAUGCAUCAAUUAAGCCCUCUUUUGGUGUUGUUGCGGGGUACAUGAACUCUGCGUGGAAUUGGUCCGCUCUUGUUGCUGAGGUCAAUAACAGUACAUGGAAAGCACACACCGUGCUUGGUACAGCGGAUACAGAGGUUCGUGUAGGCGGUUUGUUUAACCCCACAACAACCACGAAGGGAAAUAAGUUUUUUCUUCUUGCGGGAAGCUCUGAUGCGCAAAAAGAAGGUCUGGAGUGGAAAUGGGACAGCCUGGAGCUGAAACUGGUUGUGGGUGAUGUCACGAAGCCUACGGUGAGCGAGCCGAGUCAACGGAUCGAAUGGACAGAAUCUACAUCUUUGUGGAGCCAGGUUUCUGUACGUACUCACGAACGUCAAUUUAGGGGGGCUUUACCUUCUGGUGGCUCAGGUGUUCUGAUGGAGGAUGACACGCUCGUGUUUUCUCUGAUGGCGGGGGAUAAAUCAGGAAACAUUUACUCCAUGAUUAUUUAUUCGACGAACAACGGCAGUACCUGGGCGCUCUCAAAGGGCGUUUCCCCUGCGGGCUGCCGUUACCCCCGCAUCACCGAGUGGGAGGGAUCACUUCUCAUGAUUGUUGACUGCGAGAAUGGCCAGAGGGUGUACGAGUCGCGUGACAUGGGGACAACGUGGACGGAGGCCAUCGGGGGGCUAUUGGGCGUGUGGGUCAACGCACGAUCAGGAGGCUCUUGGGACGAAAGUUUGCGUGUGGGAGCUCUCAUCACCGCGACCAUUGAGGAAAGGAGGGUCAUGCUGUACACUCAGAGAGGGAACUUCUGGAAGGGACAAACGGAAAUGUUCAAUGCACUCUACCUUUGGGUGACGGACAACAACCGCUCGUUUCAUGUUGGUCCCGUUGCCAUGUACAAUAAUAAGAAUUGGGAUCUCGCCAGCAACCUUCUGUACUCGGAUGGUAAUUUGCAUCUUUUACAACGGAGUAUAAAUGGUGAAGGCAGUGCCAUUUCACUCUCCCGCCUGACGGAGGAGCUGAGUACAGUCAAGUCCGUCCUCAGUACUUGGGCGAAAAAGGACAUUUUCUUCUCCAACUUGUCUAUACCCACGGCGGGUCUGGUGGCAGUUUUGUCCGAUGCGGCCAGCAACGACACGUGGAACGACGAGUACCUUUGCCUGAAUGCAACGGUGACGAACGCGAAGAAGGUCAAAGAUGGGGUUCAGUUGACGGAGCCUAACUCCGGGGUAAUAUGGUCCUUAAACACUCGGGAUAAUAAUGUGCGUCAUGUGUUUUUGAACCACAGCUUUACACUUGUGGCGACGGUGAGCAUCCAAAAGGUUCCGAGCAAGAACGCCUCUCUACUGGCCGCGGCGUUGGGGGACGCUGGGGUAGCGCAUUUCAUGAUACUGUCGUAUACCACGGAUAAGAGGUGGGAGACGAUGUUCGAAGGCCAGACAACAACACAGAGCGGCCGUUGGGAGCCGAAGAAAGAAUACCAAGUGGCACUCAUGCUCCAAGGCCAAAAGGUCUCUGUGUACAUUGAUGGCCAGUUGCUGGGGGAGGAAGGAGUGCUGUUCACAAAUAAGACGCCACUUGAGUUUGUGGACCUUUGCUUUGGCGUGUGCGGUGAGGAGAACCCCAGCCAAGAGUCCCAUGUGACGGUGACGAAUGUCUUUCUUCACAACCGCCCACUAAAUUCCACUGAGAUGCGUGCAAUCAAGGACAGGACCCCCGUUCCGAAGAGAGACCCGGAAUCACAGGUGGAGGGUGGAACGGAAAGGAGGCAUAUCCCUCGGAUUGAGGGUGUGCGAGCCAAUGCGCCUGCUGGGAGCGGACUGCUGCCGCUGCUUCUUCUGCUGGGACUGUGGGGCUUUGCGGCUGCGUGA